AUGGUCCUGCUCUGCAUCGGGCUCAACGCCGCGCUGCAGCGGCGGGUGGGGCUCGAGGACCUGCGGGUGGGGGCGGUGAACCGCGCGACGGACAGCAGCGUGGGCAUCGGGGGCAAGGGGCAGGGCGCCUACGUGGCCGCCCUGAGGCUUGCGCGCGGGGUGGGGGGCGGCGCGCAGCCCCGCCUGGCCAUGCUGCUGGGCAGCGGCCCCGAGGGCGAUCAGGUCGCCUCGCUGCUGGCCGCCCAGGCGGGCGGCGCGGGCGGGCCCGGCGCCCAGGACGCGCUCUGGCAGCGCGUGGCGUCGCGCUGCCGGGUCUGCACGACGCUGGUGGACUCCCGGAGCGGCGACGCGACGGAGAUCGUGGAGCCCAGCGGGCGCGUGGAGCCCGAGGAGUGGGAGGCGCUGCUGCGCGCCGUGCGCGAGGAGGUGGGCGGCGGGGCCGCGGGCUGCGCGGUCAUGGGCACCACGCCGCCGGGGGUGCCCGAGGACGGCUACACGCAGCUGCUCCGGGCGGCGUGCGACCGGGGCACCCGGGUCCUCGUCGACAGCGUGGUCGGCGUGGGCGCCGCCCUGGCGGCGGCCGCGGAGCGGGGCUGCCAGACGGUGGUGAAGCUCAACGCCCGCGAGGUGCUCUCCCUCGCCGGCCUCCCCGCGCCGGGCGGCUCGGAGUCCGCCGUGGCGGCCGACCCCACCACCGUCGCGCGCGCGGCGCUCGCCUGGGCCAGGUCGCAACCGGCGGCGAUUUGCGUGUGCUCCGUCUGCUGGACCGACGGGCCCUUCCCCGGCGGCGUGGUGGACGUGCAUUCUGGCAGGCGCUGGGCCGUGCAGCGACAGUCCGCCCUGCGCGGCGCGGUGGUGUCGCCCAUCGGGGCUGGAGACUCCACGGCCGCCGGCACGCUGCACAUGUGGUGCAGGCUCGAGGACGCGGCGGCGGCCGCCUGCGUCCCGGUCGACUCCUCCCGAACGGUGGCCGAGGCUUUUGCGUACGGCAUGGCGGUGGGGGCGGCAUCGUGCCUCACGAGCUCCAACGCCGACUUCGACAUGGCGGACGUGCGCAGCAUCCACGAGGCCAUGGAGGUGUCGGAGCUGCCGCCGUUGAUCUGA